AUGCUUUGUGGAAUAAUCUCAUUGAUUUUGCUUAUUGAAUCAUCUUAUUAAUGGUGUGGUAUGUAAUAUAUGAAAUGUAGAAACUAUAUAGGAGAACAUUACGUAUUAUACAUCAAAAGGUGAACAGAUUAGAUGGAGAGCAGACUCAUUAAUAGCAGGAAAUGGACUUAACUUUACUUUAAUUCCAAACUCAACUAUAAUGAGAUAUCAUCCUGCCUUUGAUUAAAUAUCAACAGAAGAGUAACAUAUUGGAAGUAUGAUUAUCAAUAAGAAUAAUAGCCUUAAUAAAGACAGGAGCAAUAAGAGCUUAUGACAUAGCAAGUUCAGGAGCAUGGACAAAUUAAUUUGCAUUUUUAGAAUUAGACAAAAAAAACAAUUACGACUUAUAUUAUGCAGUAGAGUAAUAAAUAAUAAAAAAUCUAUAUAGAAAUGCUUUGUAAAUGGAUAAGACUCCAUAAUUCAAUUAUAAAGUAUAAUUGACAGAGAACAACACAUUAAUUGAUUGCUUUGAUAUUGAAUAUAUAAAUCCAGACUUAUGGAUAGUGGAUUGUGGAGAGAAAGAUAAUCUUGUACCAACAAAGCCGAUGAAAAAUUAUUUAUAUUAAGUAGAUAAAAAAGAUUCACCUUCAACAUUAGUAGGUAAGAGAUAAGAAGUAGCUAAUAAUAAAUAAUACAAGUAAGUGAAAGGAAGGAAAAUUUAAUAUCAUGUUUAUUAUAAAAAAGGUUCAGGAGAAGAGAUCGGAUUAGAUCGUCCAUAACCACCUAAUCCAAUCAGAAUGUUACUCAGAGGAUAAUAAGCAUUUAAUUCUGAGACAGGAAAUAGUACAGUUUUAGACCAUGAUUGUUCAAUCGACUUAUUAAUUAGAUUAGAUAAUGGAACUAUGAAAGACACGAGUGUUUUAGAUAAAACUAAAAUUAGUGCAGACACAAAAUAAGAUGUUAAUUUUACAUUAAUAGAUUUCAAAAUAUAACCAAAUGGUGAUGUUUAUAUUUUGGAUGCUGAUUAAGGAAUAUACUUAUAUCGAGUAACAGAAGAUGGAUAAUGGGUAUAUGUUAAAACUAUACAAACUUUAAAUUAAAAAGCAUAUGGUUUUGAUGUAGUUGAAAUGUUAAAUUAAGAUGGAUAUUCUGAAUUAGCCAUAGCUAUUUUAUAUGAAUCUAAUUUGAUAAUAUCUGUAGCAUCAGUUUAAAAGAAUGGAUAUCAUUUACCAUUUAAAGCUUCUUUUCCAGUUACAGUUUCAUUUAGUGAUUAAUAUGUAGUUUUGAUACAUUCACAAAGAUUGUACCUUUACAAUAUUAUCCUACCAUUUUUACUCCAUUCAGAAAUUUUAAUUUCCGAAACUGUUUUAAUAAAUCCAUUUGCUCCUGAUGUUAUUGUAGUUUCUGAAAGUUUAACUAGAAGAUAUGAAUUAAGUGAUGGAUAUCUAGCAUCAGAAAAUUCUGUAUCUAUUGAAAAAUCUACAAUUACAUUAUAUGGAACUGACGGUACUAAAACAUGCAGUUCUAAGAUUAAUUACUAAGUAUUACCGAUUGAAGAUGCAAAUGUUUAUGAUCUGGGUCAUGAUCCUUUUCCAACUAUGAUCACUUAUCCAUCUUAACCAUUCAUUCUUUAAGAUUUAGCAUCAGGACCAAAUCUUUAAUAUAUCACUCCUGAUAUUCAUUAAGAUCAUGUCUAAGUUCUUGUGCAUUUUCUCUGGGAAUUAGAACUUUAUCAUGCUCAUAUAUUUGAUCCUCAAGAUGUCUCAUAUGCAGAUAUUUUAGUAGAUCCUCAUCAUCAUAAUGAUAAUAAAUAUUAUCUAUUUCUAUAACAUAAAAAUAAAACUGUUAUUAUUUUGGAUUGCUAAUCACUUAAUUAUAAAGAUAAUCAUAGUACUUGCGAAAUUUAAGAUUAAUUUAAUCUACCUGUUUAAUUGAGUAGAACUAAUUCAUAAUUUGAUUGGAAAACUUUUGAAUAAGAAGUGGUUACUUUCUAAUUUUAAGUUAAUGAUUAUGAAAUUGAAUUUUAUAGUUCAUAUAAUGGUGAUCACUAAAAAAUUGGAAACAUUACUUAUGAAGCUUCACCUGAAUACAAAAUCACUUCAUUCACAGCAUUAAAAAGAAAUAUUUAUGUUGUUUAACAAUAAUUAAAAGAAGUGGAUGUUAUUUUUGGUGUUAGUCCAACUCUAAUUAAAUUUCCAAUUGAUGCAUAUCUUAUUGAUGAAUAUCAAACAGGUUGUUCGUGGACACCAAAAAGAGUUUAUGGUAAUUCAUUUACAAAUAGUGAAUUCAUUUUUAUUUUAACUGAUGAUUGUGUAAUGAUGGGUGAACUUAGAACUCAUUUUAUAUUAAUUAAGGCCAUACCCAUAGAAACUAAUGCUGAAAUUGAAGUUGCAGUUGGUUAAAAAACCUUCUAUAUCAUUUCCAAAGGAUAAAAAGAUAUCAUUAGAGAAUUUAACUAUGAAAAUUUGAAUGAUAUUUACCCAAUGAAAUCAAUGCCUCUAUAUGGAAGAUUUGCAUUACAAUCUCCAUUAACUAUAGACUUUGUUUUUGAGACUGGAUUCUUAUUUGUGAGAGCUUUAGAUACUGUAGAAAAAGAGACAGUAUUUUUAAUUUAUGAAUCUAAUAUACUUUAUAGAAAUUCAUUACAUAAAGUAUUAAGAACACAUGAAUUAAUUCCUGAUGGUUAAUUAUUAUAAACAGCAGCUUCAGGAUAAAAUUAAAUGUUUGUUUAUUUUAAUGAUAUGAAAUAAUAAAGAAUUGUAGUCUUUUUAAGAGAUUCCGAAAUGGAAUUAAUACCUAUAGAACUUAGUGAUGCAUAUACAACAUAAUUAAAACCAACUGUUAGUAUCUCUAAUACCUUAUCAGAUAAAAAUGUAAAAGUCUCAUAUCCAGUUAAAUUUAUUAAUACAUAAUCAAUUGUUAGAGUUAAUGCUAGUCUCUUAGAGAAAAUAACUUUCCAUUUUGAAUCUAUUAAAACAACCUAAUAUUUAAAUUUUACAAAUAAUGGAUUGUUUUUUGGACAUGUUACUAAUUUUAAUAUAUUUUGCAAAUAAUGUGAUGGUAAACUUGUUAGCAUUCUUAAUCCACUUACUCCAAGUAGUGAAGGAACUUAAUUUGCAAAUUAUGAAAUUAUUGCAGGGGCAUAAUUUAAAGAUACUGUUGUUUAUUUGGCAGAUCCUAAAUCAUUAAUUUUCUAAAAUAGUGAUGAUGAUACUGUUAAAUUUGUUCACAAAAUAGAACCUGGAACUCAUUGCACUCAAUUAACAACUUAAAAUGAAUAUAUUUUAGUAACUUGUAUUAAUAAUGCUGAUACAUUAUUAUACGUUGUCAAUUGUGAUUUUUCUAAAUAAACAUGUACUCCUAUUCAAUCUGACAAUCCUAAUGUUAGAAAGUUUACUAUGGUUUCAAAAAUUAUUUACCUUAAUUCAUAUUUGUACAUUUUAGACGCAGAUCCCAAUCAUCCUCUUUAUGAUAAAGCAACUCUAUAUCUUUACUAAUUAACUAUUGAUUCAAAGUGGAGUAUUAAAAAUGAAAAAGUACUUAAUGAAACAUAUUUCAAUCUUCCAUUAUAAAAUGAUUACUAUAUCACAGAUUUUGAUGUGGUAUAAUUCUAAUAAGGAAACACUUUUUAUUAAAAAAUUAUGAUUUAAACUACUAAAGGCUAGGUUUAUUUCGUUUAAAUGUACAGUGAUAAUGGCUUAAUAAAAGAUAAUCAUAAAUAAGUUUAUAAUUUAGCUUAAUUUUUGAAUUAAGAUUAUGCAGUUAAAGAUGAUACUCUUUUCUAUUAAAUUAAAACAUAUAAAGCUGUUACUAAUACUAAUAUAUUUGAUGCAACUGUAAUAGUUACGACAAAUAAUGUUGCAUAAUAUGCAAUAACAUUUUCAUUUGAUAUUAGUGAUCCUCUUAAUAAAGGUUCUCCAAUUAAAGAAACAAAAGUUCCAUUUUUAUUAAAUCAUUAUGGAACCUUACAAACAUUAAAUAAAUUUACUUUAGGAAAUGAACAUGCUGCUGUGCCUUAUUAUAAUUAAACACAUUUAAUGAUUAGCAUCUAUUAAUUACCUGGAUUAACUACUUUAGAUGCUAAUGAAACAACAGCUAAAAUGAUAACAAUCUCUGGAGCAGUAACUGUAAAACAUAUUGCUUCAAACACAUAAUUUGCUUUAGUCAUAUCUAAACCAACAAAUUAAGCAGAAGUAAUUAAUAAUUAUUAUAUAUUAGCUUUCUUGUUAUACAAAUAUUGAAGAAGAUAAUAAAACAUAUAAUUAUGUUGUCAAAAAAUAUACCAUUCAUGAUGUUCCUAAAUUGAAAAUUGAGGAUGGUUCUUAGGUAGAAUCUUAAUGGGUAGAAUUAUAAAUUCAAAAUGAUUACAGUUAUGCAUUAGGACUGUUUGAAAUAAUUAAUAACAAUAGUCCUCCUCCUCCACCACCCGAUGAUGAUGAUAGUGGAAGGUUUUUUAUUUAUUUCUAUCAUUUAGUUCACUUCUUUGGCUUUGGAUACUCUUAGGAAUCCUUGGUGCCAUCAUUAUUUUAGGAGGAGCCUAUUUUAUAUAUACCAAGUUCUUUAAGAAGAAUCCACAAGUGCCUUCAAGUGCAAAAGUAUCAUUAAUGAACUAGUGA